AUGCGCAGAGCGUCGCGUACUAUGCGCAGGCGCACGUGGCUGCCGCGUGAUCGUGCGACAGGUGAGGCACGCCCACCAACACGAACAGUAUUUGGCCAGUAUAAUGUUAUCGAGAUUACAGCUGUUCUGACCAUCAACCCCAUAUCAAACAAACAUUAUUAUUUGAAUAAGAAAGUAGUAUCUAUGCGAUGUACAAUUCCUACAGAGAGUAACCUCAAGAGCUACUGGAAAAUGUACCGAAAUCCCAUGGAAAUACGGAGCUUAUUGACAUCUCCAACAAAUGGGCGCCAUAAAGCACUCCCAGCAUAUUACGCUAUCAACUUGAAGUGA